GUCGUUGAGCCAAAACAUUAUGACCUGGCUUUUAGUGAGGACGAGAGAUUUUGCCUGAAAACAAAUAUGGUGCCGCAAUGUCAAAGCCAUGAAGGCAUGAGAGUCGGCAAAUUUCGAUCUACUUCAGCAAAGGUACCAGUGCAGUCAUGGAAAGCACCUUAUUUUAGUGUUUGGUCUUAAAGCAGAGCAUGUAUAGGCGCUCUAACAGAUUCCUGACCAUGUAUUGCAGGAUCCAUCAAUCUUUAAGACCUUGUGUGUCCCGUAAAGAUCAGUGCUGUGCGGAUUUUAGCAUCAGUAGAUCAUUGGUCAGAAAAAUGUCCCAGUAGUUUGAAGAGCAAUAUCAUUAGUUAUACUGUGAACAUCUCAGUCGGUAGUGGACUCCUGAAUCACUUGUAGUUCUGGACAUCGAGCACUAGUCUCCGCUGUCGUGACGAUUAGCAAGGUGACACAGUCCAGUGGUUGCCUGGGAGACGGCAGCACAUGACGGAGAGCGAGUGGAGCAGCAUGAAUCAGCACCAUUCACUGAAGUGAGAUGAAGGGAGGGAGGAACCCCGAUAUGUGAGGGAGUACAGAAAGACAGAGUGUGGAAAUACUGAGGGAUCUGAAGAGGUUUCUUCACUUCGUUGUGUCGAUAAGAUUGCAGCGUAUUUGAACAGAUUCAGUGGCAUGUUGUUUCCAUGAGAGAUCUGAGGGAUUGUGUGGGAAAAAAGUAUGCUUGUAGUUUGGGGGAAAUGUGCAUGAGAGGGAAAGCUGCAGGCUGAUUAUGGCUCUCGAUGGCAUGCAGCCACGGUGAGCGGCUGUAAGCCUCAGGGGGCUUGAUUAGAGCCCAACACCCUCUGACUCCAUCCUGCUGCCAUGUUUGUGAGCCGCAUGUCGUUGCUGUGGGUGUGUCUUUGCUUCAAUACAUUGUUGUGUAUUUGAUCGCAUUGCGCUCAUAAGGGCAACAAAGUCUAUGCCGGUGAAUGAGUUCCGGACAAAAGCGAAACAAAAUUUGUUGCGAGUUGGUGUGAAUGAGACAGGCUUUUUGAGAAGAUUUUGAGAGAUUGAAACAAGCGCAUAAUAAAUAACGCAUCACUGGAGGGGGACAAGAUCAUGGUGGUUUUCUGUGUGAAAUCCUGAAAGAAACAAUUCAGGAAAUGUCAAAACUCUGCUUCCUUGUUUCUCUAUCACUUCUGGAUUGGCUGCUUUCCGUUCCACCACAGUUUCCAAAUAUCCUGACAGAAACACUGGACCCUGUCCAGGAUUUUUUGUAAAAAAAAAAAUGAGAGCAAGAUCACUGCACUAGAAAGAGUACAAUAUCAUAUUGUCCAUGUAAUCCAGUCCUGAAGUAUUCUGUGUUUUGGGGGAAGCCAGCUGCUGAUGGGUCCAAUUCUCUCGUGGCCAGUAUUGUCACGUUGGUGAUUUAGAGGCUUGUUUUACCACUCGGCUAUUUCCAUCUUUUCCCCUUUAACUUUCGCUUAAUUCCCUUAAAUCUCAUGCCUCCCCUCCCCCUUACCUCGCCUCUCCACCAAUCACUUUUCAUUGCUUCCAUCAUGAUGUAAGCAGAUGUAAAAGAGAGAGCAGCACUCGCUCUUACAUCAAGUUCUCCUCAGCUUUCCAUCUUUCCAUCACUCCUGUCACUGAGAGAAGCUUUUAGAUAGCGUUCUUCUGGCAGCUUCAGCGAGGUAGUGCGAGAGAGAGAGCGGAAUGGGAGGAGAAUGAGGAUGAGAGUGAAGGGGAGGGGUGGUUUUUGAGAGAGCGAGAGCACGAGUGACUGUGAGGCUGCAGCAGCCGGAGAUAAAAGCGUUUUCCUCCCUCCGUGAGCGAGGGAUUCAGCUGAGAAGCAAAGCCGGUGGAGGAAGCGGUGAAUUCAGGCCGACAGUUGUCACUGCAGCUCCUGGCUUCCUCGGAUGAGUAGGCCUUCGUCCACAAACACCGGGAGACAUCUGUGAUGCGGUAAAGAUGGAAAGUGGAUCACCCAGCGUUGCAGCGACACUCUCCCCGAGACGGCCGCCGUGUUUUUUCCUGCCUGCACUGUAUCAAUUGGAUCAAUCCAGCCAAGCUUGUCUGACAUAGCCUUUUUAGAAGGAGCCGCCCUGUGUUCCUGUUUUGCUUCCUCUGUGGUUCUGUUGUUUGUGGGCACUGGGAAUGCAGAUUCUUAACGCUGCUGCUUUGCUGAGCAAAGUUCUGGACUGUCCUUCAUUUGGACCUAAUGACAUCAAAAGAUAACCACACCUGGACCAAACCUCGGGACGUAAAGUCAUCCCUUCCUGUCUUCUGACCUGCCCCAGAUGCUUCUUCCUCAUUAAUUCCAGUGGACCUGAAAGCUAGUGGGAGCUGUUAAAGGAUCACAAAGGAAGAGCUUACCUUACCAAGGGGCAAGACUCUUCGAAAGUGUGAGGUUUUGCCGGCUGUUGCAUCGUCGCACUGCACCACCUGAUGAAGAGGCAACCGGCCUGGCACUCUGACAGCUGGGCUAAGGAAGUGUCAUGAUUUCAGACGACAUGGACCAGAUAUAGCUGGAAACUGGUCUCCCAGGAGUCUGACCUUUACUUUAGGGAAUCUGUGGAACUGCAUCCAGGGUAAAGUGUUUUCCCUUGAUAACCUGCUCCUUCUCAAGUCUUAGGGGUUUGGAAUCGGACGUGUCAGUGUGUCGUCCAGUAAUGCAAUAUUUCUGAAAAGAAGCUUUUAUUUAUUUGCCAACCUGUCAAAGUAUUGGUGAAAGGGCCAGACACUUUGGUGUGUUAUCAGCUGACGGAUCUACGUGCAACGAUCAUUCUGGACUCGGUGCCACCUUGGCAGAAUCCUCCACAGCCUGCAUUUACAGGGAAUACUGACAGAAUGACGGCGGAUACUUGGUCCCCAGGGAUGUCUGUGACAGAUUGGAUUUUACUGAUCUCUGUUGUCCAACACUUCAGAUCACGCUGUUCUUCAGUGCGAUUCUAUUUCUGCACAGCAGAAUAAUAAAUUCAUGAGUAGCUGCUGGACCUGGCUCUCCGAUCUCACGGCACCCGGGACUAACUGAAAAUUCUCUGGUCCGAUGGUUAAAGACUAUCUGUGAAAGUAUCCCAAUGGAUUGUCUCUCUUCGCUGAAAGCCAAUGUCCUAUCUGUUUAAAAUGUACUGGACUGUUGAAUCAAAAAGUCGAGAUCUGGGCAUCUACUGAGGAAAUAGUGGUUCACACUUCAGGUCAACGCCUAUCGACCAGCCUGACACAAGCUCAUCUGCCACAAUCUUUUUGAUAAAUCACUAAACAACUUUGUGUUCCCCCUUGGAAGGACCUGCUGCCGGAAUGGCCAUGUCGCCUUGGAUACAAUAGCAAUUCUCUGGGGAACAAGAAUGUGAAGGAUUUCCUUACUGGGCUAUGCAUUUACACAUAAAGGGAACCAAUGGGAAACACUGACGGAUUUUAAGGCAUCUGCGUCUUCAUUGGUCUGUCUUGGUACUCCACCAUUUACUGCCUCUCUAUCUAAGGAAUGGACUUCAUUAAAGACAUUUAGCUGAGCUGAUGGCAUCUAAAUGCUGAAUAACUAUGCAAACCUAAUUUUAAGUUUCGUGUCUUGCUUUGUACGUGCACGCCACACUCAUUUGUACCGGUGAUGGGGAACUCCAUUGGUUGUGUGAGACCACCUCGAGAUGGGGACCUCAGUGGAUCCCCUCCGCUUUCACCAAAGAAGCGCUUGCGUUUAAGACGAAAGCGCAAAGGCAAGAAGAGCAGAAAAGAUGGCCUGGAACAGGAAGAGUUCUUGCAGCAAAAGAGUUACCAGCCUGAUGACCUAGAGGAUGACGACGAUGAAAAGCCUGUUGCUCUGGAAAUGAAAGAUACCAAUUUUAAAGGAAAGACUCGUGUAUCAGUGCCUGACUCUCAUAGCAAUAUGCUCUCUCCAGGACGCUCUACUUUCAAGGAUUCCUUAGAAAGGAGACUACUGGGUGUAUCUCCAAAACCCAGUCCUGCCUGGCGAGGGGUCUUCUGUUUUCCUGGGGAGGAAGACGCUGUCAGUGCCAUUGUAGAUGUCUCCAGUAUCCCGAGCCAAACCACUACCACCAGUCCUGUUAACACAGCCCCUGAUAUAGCCUGUACCACCCCUGGUGGAGGGCGGGUCUGUCGGGUGAGGGAGAAGGUACAAGGGGUCCUGGAGAAACCUUGGAUUCACAAGAGGAAAGAGAAAAAAGACAAGGGCAAGGUGGAUAAACUGGAACACCAAGAUGAGCCAGAGGAUAGACCCCCCGAGAAGGAACACAAAGGUGUCGUUCAUAUCAAAGAGGUCGAUGGUAAACUCUGUGUGGUCAGGACGGUCUACCCCAGUGACUAUGGAUCCCCAGUGUGGAGUCCUGAUAGUGCCGAUGAGGUGGAGGUGCAUAAAGGGCCGUCGAUCCCAUCUCCUGUCAGUGAAAACAUUCUUAAAGUCCAACUGUCUGAGGAGCAAAGCAAGGAUCCUUCAGGGUUUCAACUGAUCGGAUUUAACUUGGAAACUCCCGUUCAAACUGCAGAGAGGUCAUCUUUCUUGGAGUCUGGCUACAUCAGUGACCUGCAUCUGACGUCGCCAGGAACAAGUGGCACCACACCCAGUCAGACUGACUGGCUCGGCAUGACCGGCAGCUCGACAGAGAGGCUGGACUCCACCAUGGACAGUCCUCUGUCUUUGCAACAACAUGCUGCUGAUAAAUCCUUGCCACAGAUCUCAGAGAUCUACGUGAGCGGCGAGUCAGCUGACCUCACGGCCAAAGAGAAACUGUUACUAUGGUGUCGCCAUGCCACCGAAACAUACCCGGGCCUCCACUGUGUCAACUUCACCUCGUCCUGGAGCGAUGGACGCUUGUUCAACGCUCUGCUGCACAGAUACAGACCAGAUCUGAUCGACAUGGAGGUGGUUUCACAGCAGAGCAACCGUCAGAACCUGGAACAAGCCUUUGAAAUUGCAGAGUCGCUCGGAGUCACCAGACUGUUAGAUGCUGAAGAUGUCGAUGUCGCAACUCCCGAUGAAAAAUCGGUCAUCACUUACGUUUCUUCCAUCUACGAUGCCUUCCCCAAAAUCCCAGAGGGAGGCGACGGCAUCCCAGCGCACGAGGUGGAUCAGCGAUGGUCCGAAUACCAGUCCAGGUUCUCCUCUCUACUCCAGUGGACCCUCCAGCAGAAGAGCCUCAUGGACAACAAGAGCUUCCCCCAGAACCCAGCAGAACUCAAAGCACUUUACAACGAAUACGUCCACUUUAAGGAGACAGAGAUUCCCAAUAAGCAAGCGGAGAAAAGCCAAAUUGAACAUCUCUACAAACUUCUGGAGGUUUGGAUGGAAUUUGGACGGAUCAAACUUCCGAAGGGUCUCCAUCCCAACGACCUGGAGGAGGAAUGGGGGAAGCUGAUUGUGGAGAUGCUGGUCAGAGAGAAGGCUCUGCGGGCCGAAGUAGAGCGGGUCGAGGUGCUGCUGCAGAGAGCGAACAAGAUACAGAACAUGGCGCUGGACUGUGAAGAGAAACUGACGUUGGCUAAAAACACGCUACAAGCUGACAUGUCCAGAAUAGAGAACGGCGAGCCAGUACAGUGUGAGAGCGAGCUAGCCUGUUACCUCCAAGACUGUGAAUCUCUCAUCCAAGAGCUGAACCAAGACCUGAAAGUUUUGAGAGCAAAGAAGUACUACCAAGUCGAGCAGUUGACCUUCAGAGUCUCGUGCCUCCAGGAGGAGCUGGUCUCCUUCCGACUCCAGUGUUCCAGUGUGUACAGGAAAGGACAUUUCUCUCAGACCCUAGGAAGCACCGGGGCUGACUACACGGACGCUGGACUUUCUGUGGGUCAGACUUUGCUGGGAGCUCUGGGAGCGGUGGGAGCAAUUGGCGCCGCUGUACUGCGGCGACCCAUGGCCCGGUCCGAACUGGUGGCCAUGUCUUCGUCAGAGGAUGAAGGCAGCCUGAGGUUCAUCUACGAGCUGCUGGGAUGGGUUGAGGAGACGCAGGAACUUCUGGAACAGGCCGAGUGGGGAGCUGAUCUUCCCUCAGUGGAGAAACAUCUUCAGGAGCACAACAACAUUCACAGUGCAGUGAAGGAGCUGCUGAGCGGCCUGCAGGAGGCUCGCUCUUAUCAGAACAAAGUCUCGACCAACUUCAGGAGCAGUUACUCCGAGACACUGGCCAAACUGGAGCAUCAGUAUUGCAAACUCCUGGAGCAGUCGUCGUGGCGUCUGCAGAGUCUAGAGAGCCUGCAGGCCUUCGUGUCUCACUGCACUGAGGAGCUGAUCUGGCUCAACGAGAGGGAGGAGGAGGAGGUCGCCUUCGACUGGGGCCCCAACAACACUGACAUGAAAGCCAAGAGAGAAUUAUACAGCGAAAUGAGAUUAGAAUUGGACGAGAAACGAGGGGUGAUGAGGUCACUGCAGGAAACGGCUCACAGACUCUGUCAGGAGAACCACCCUGCCAAACAGACCGUGGAGGCGUACAGCGCUGCCCUGCAGACCCAGUGCCAGUGGGUGGACCAGCUGUGUGUGUGUGUGGAGCAGCAUCUCAAAGACAACACCUCCUACUUCCAGUUCAUGAGUGACGCCAGAGAGUGCGAGUCUCAUCUACGACAGCUUCACGACACCAUCAAGAGACAGUACACUUGCGACAAGAACAGCCGCCUCAGCAAACUGGAGGAUCUGCUGCAGGACUCCAUGGAAGAGAAGGAGCAGCUCAUUGAAUACCGCAGCACGGUGGCCAGCUUGAUGGGGCGGGCUAAGACGGUGGUGCAGCUCCGGCCCCGCAAUCCAGACUGUGUGGUGGGAUCCACCACACCAAUCAGAGCCGUCUGUGACUACAGGCAGAUAGAGAUCACCAUCAACCGCGGAGAGGAAUGUGUGCUGGAGGAAAACUCUCAGAGAACCAAGUGGAAGGUGAUAAGCCCCACAGGAAACGAGGCCAUGGUACCGUCGGUCUGUUUCACCGUCCCACCGCCGAACCAGGACGCCAUCGACACGGCCAGCAGGACGGAGCAGAUGUACCAGAAGGUGAUGUCUCUGUGGCAUCAGCUGCAUGUCAACAUGAAGAGCGUGGUCUCCUGGAACUAUCUCAUCAAAGACAUCGCAGCAGUCUCAGAAUGGAACCUGGACUCGGUGCAGGCUCAGGAGCCUACGGAACGACAGCAGGCUCUGGACCGUCUGGAGUCUCAGCUGUCGGACUUCUUGUGCGACAGCAAGGAGAGUUCUCUGUUCACGCCGGCUGAGCGGCGAGAGCUUGAGGUGGACGUUCAGCACGCUCAGCAGCAUUGUAAAGACCUGCUGCUCAGCCUGGAGAACAUGGAGCGGGAUGAGUCCAUGCCACGCACGUACCUGUCCGAGCUGAAAGACAUCACUCUGCGACUGAACGAGGUUGAGCAAGCUCUUCUGACCAGACUGCAGACUCCACCUCCCAGUCUUCUGUCUGGUGACACGAGUGCUGACAACAUGGUCCUGGUACGAGAGCAAGAGAAGCUUCAGUCAGAGCUGGACAACUUGCGCUCCCACUUGUCCUCACUGUCUCCUCGCUGCGUCAGCUUCCUGAAGGAGAAGCCAACGUCCCCCAGCGCUCCAGCACUGCGCUCAGAACUUAACCAGACCAUGGAGAAGAUGGACAAAGUGCAUCAGUUCUCCUCAUCUUUCCUUCAUCUGACUCAGUCUUUGGCCGACAUAACACGGAAACUUGAGGCAGCUGAGGGUCUGGUCAGGAAGCAGGAGGAGACCCUGAGUGAGGAGUACAUCAUUCCUGCCGACAACAAGGGAAUUCAGGACUUACAAGGGCAACUCAGAGAGAUGAAGGCAGAUGUGGUGGAGCAAGAGAGCGUCUUGAAAUCCUUGCAGUCGCAGCUAGAUGGCGUCAAAGAGGCGGGAUCUGACCUCAGUCGGCUGCAGCCAGAUAGAAGUCUGGAACCGGAGCGUUUCCAGGAAAAGACCAACAGCAUAGUGAAGAGAUGGAGUGAGGUCCAGAGUCAGAUCGAGACCAGGCUAACGGAUCUCGACUCGCUGGCCUCCGAGCUGCAGCAGUACAGAGAGGGUCACGCAGCGCUGUUGAAGUGGAUCAUUGAGACAACGGAGCGACAGGAAAACGCACAAGUCGCUCAGACUGACAGCAAGGCGCUUACGGAACAACUGGCCCAGCAGACGGCCUUAGUUGCAGAAAUUGAACAGAACCAGACGAAGCUGGACGAUUGUCAAACCCAUUCUAAAGGCUACUGCAAGUCGGUGAAGUCGUAUGAACUCCAGUUAAUGACGUACAAGGCGUACGUGGAGUCGAUACACAACUUACCUGUCAAGCGGCGGCGGAUACAAAACUCCUCCGACGCCAUCACCCAUGAAUUCAUGGACUUGCGAACGCGCUACACAGCCCUGGUCACGCUAACUACGCAGCACAUCAAGUACAUCAGUGAUGCUCUGAGAAGACUCGAAGAAGAAGAAAAAGAAAUGGAGGAGGAGAAGCAGACGCGCGUCAGCCAGGUUUCGGACUUGCUCGGCUGGGUCAAAGGCCUCCAGGGUCGGGCAGCGGGCUCCAACUCAGCUGCUGCUCAGCAGGCCAUCAAUGACCAACUAGCUGCCAAGAAGGAGGAGGUUGCUGAGGCUGUUCGGAGCACGCAGGUUUUCCUUUUGUCCAAACAAGCCAGCAAGUUGUCGCCUGAGGAGCGAGGUCAGGUAGAGGCCCUGCUGGACGAGCUGACCAAUACCUACAGUCAACAACUGGAGCAGCAACUGGCCAAAGAGGAGGAUAAGAAGAAAAAGAACGUUAUCACGGGAGUAAUCGACCUUGGAACAGUGGAAACGUACUCCAUUUUCCAGGCUGCGCAAAGAGGUUUGAUCGAUCAAGACACUGCUCUCUCACUACUGGAAGCUCAGCUUGUUAUGACAGGCGGGCUCAUCCAUCCUGAUGACCCUGAAGGUUUAUCGCUGGAGCAGAGUCUGGCUCAAGGACUGAUUGACGUCCAUACAGAGAAAUGUCUGUCUGAGCUAGCGCAGGCUGUGGUGAAGGUGGAAUCUGGGGCAAACUCUGCCCAACAACAAAAUGUGCUCCUGGCAGUGAAAGCUCUGGAGCUAGGACUCAUCAGAGACGAGGCUGCCCUUCGCAUACUUGAACUGGAAAUGAACACUGGUGGGCUGAGAAAGUCAGAUGGAGCAUUACUGAGUCUCGCUCAAGCUGCCAAAUUGAGACUGUUACCCCAAGAGACCGUCUCCAAGCUUCAGUGCAAGAAUCAAAGCAGUGAACUUAUUGAUCCGAGCACAGCAGAGAAACUGACCCUCUCUGAACUCCAGCAGCGUUGUGUCCCUGAUGACAGUGGAUUCCUUUUCCUUCCUGUCAAACAGCAACCUGGGGGAACCGUGUGUCUUCGUUCAGGAAGGAAAGUCGGUAUCUUCCGUGCAGUGCAGGAAGGACUCAUUGAUCGUAAAGUUACUGUACGACUCCUUGAGGCUCAACUCUUCGCUGGGGGCAUUGCUGACCCCCGGUCUGGUCACAGACUAACAAUUCAAGAGGCUGUUCGUCAUGGGCUCAUGGACCAGGAUUUAGCGUGUGCCAUGCUCUCCCGCCAGCUGAACAAUGGAGGGCUCAUCGACCCUUUCAGUAGAGAAAGACUGAAUUUAGAUGAAAGCAUUGACAGGGAUCUUCUCUCCCCCCGUUUGGCUUUAUUAGUACUUGAGUGCCUUCAUACUUUCCAAGGAAUGUUGUGGCCUGAAUCUGGAGAGCUCAUGGCCAUCAGUGAGGCAGUCAAACAGGGAAUGGUGUCUGCAGAUCUGGCAAGGAAAAUCCUAAAGCAGCGACAUGACGUUGGAGCUUUGUACAACCCAGAAACACUCAAGGUCGUACCCCUAAAGGAGGAUGUGGGAGGGCUACUUCACCCUCAGCUUGUCAGGGUCCUUCAACAGAUAUCCAUUCUAGACCUUCAUUCGAGCAUGAAACCGUUGGGUAGCUCAUCCAUGAACUGGUUGAGUUCUGCCAGGACCUCCUCAUAUCCAUCAACCCCGCAAUCAGUGUCUCUCCAAAGUGACCCUCCUCCUGAGAAGGAAAAAGAAACAAGUGAACAAAAGAAAGAGAAAAUGGUCUUUCAUGUCAUGACUAACAGCUACAUUGAUGCCAACUCAGGAAAACGCUUGCUGGUGCUUGAUCAAGAGCUUGUGUCUUUUCUCAGCACAACUGUUCUGGGGAGCUCCAUAAAUAGUGACAGACCAUCAUCAGAUCAGGUAUGGGCAGAAGGUAAAAUGGAUGGUGAGGUUGAUGUCCAGCCAGUUGGAGAGCUUGAAAUCAAAGAAGAGGAAAGCAUUGCAGAAGAAAGCUCUAAGGAAGCGACUGAAUACAAUGGUGCUCCCCCAGCAAGUGAUGCAAAGGAUAAAUAUGUAGGAAGAUCUCCUCUCCAACACCCCUCUUCAGCUUCUUUUAAAUUUGAUGAUUGUAAUGAUCCAAAUAUUGAGUGCACAGCCUUUGCAACUUGGAGGAAAACUACCACAGUUUUUCCAAAACCAGAGGACAGUAAACUGUCACCUGAAGUAGUCCUUGAUCUUCCUAAAGACAAUGCCACACAAGUUGAAGAUCAGCAACGUGAAGAGGAUUCCCAACCUACGUUAGGCAAAGAUAGAGUUCAGGAAGAGACCAUUCUGGUUGAAGCUUCAUCUGCAGUUGCUUUCUCACAAGAAGAGAUUGAAAAAGAAGUAGACGAUUUUCAGUUCAAGAGACUAGUCCUAGAUCUCCAGCAGGGAGGCCUUUUGACUGAAGACGGGGAACGACUCCUUCCCGAUGAGGCAGUUGCUCAAGGUGUUCUUCCAAGCCAUACAGUGGUUCAGUUAAUGGCACAGGCCGGUUUAUUUGGAGGCUUUAUUGACCCCAGGAGUGGUAAUGCACUUAGCUUGGAGGAUGUAAUGCAAGAAGGCAUAGAGGAUGAGGAGUUGAUGUGGAGUGUCUUAGAGUCGGAUAAAACGGUCGCAGGAAUUGUAGACAUGGAGAAGAGCAGGUUAUGUGGGGUCAGGGAGGCAGCUCUGGCAGGAUUAAUUGAUCCCAAAACUGCUGAUCGACUUCUGGAGGCCCAAGUCGUUUCUGGCGGUAUUGUUGAUCCAGUAAGCAGCAGUAAGGUCUCUGUGACGUUUGCAUCUGAGCUAGGGUUAAUAGAUGAGAGUCAGAAAGAGGAACUUGUUGCUCUUGAGAAAGCCUUCCAAGGAAACAAUUCUGACAAAGUGACAACUUUCAACAAAGCUUCUUUACAGCUACAGAUGAGUGGUGUAAUUGACCCACUGUCUGGAUCUCCAGUUCCCUUGGAGCAAGCCAUAACAAAGGGGCUUGUUAGCUCAGAGAUUGCCUAUCAGGUGUUGGCGAGACAAGUGGCUGAAGGUGGCAUCAUUCACCAUCCUUCUAGAAUUAGACUGUCAGUGGCUGAUGCUGUAGAGAGAGGACUGGUUGAUCGCUCUAUUGCUCCUGGGCUAGAAGAACUAGAGCUGGUAUACCGAGGACAACCAGGUGCAAGAUCAUUUACUGAAGCUGCCACUUUCCAAGCAUCAACUGGAGCGAUUACAGACCCCUCCACUGGAUCUAAACUGACUUUAAACAAGGCAGUUUCGAAAGGUCUUCUGGAUGAGAACAAGUUUGAAGAAGCUAUGGCCUCGGCUAACAUCACGCAAGGAUUGCUCGACCCUAAAACUGCUAAGAUAGUGCCUUAUGCAGACCUUGUCAACCAAGCCAACGUAGACAUCGAAACAGGUCAACGCUUUCUUCAAGUUGGCCCCUUCAGAGGGGUGAAAAGUUUAACUCUUCAUGAAGGAGUUUCUGCCAAUGAGGUUGAUCCAGUUCCAGCCUUGAGACUGCUCCAGAGCCAGGCAGACAGUGGUGGGAUCAUCGACAUCGCAACUGGUGAACGAUGUUGCCUAUCUGAAGCCUUAAAUAAACAUUUGCUGUCUGAAGACAUGGCCAAGACAAUAGCCAUCAACCAAUUUAGAAUGGGAGGAUUAGGCGACGCUGCCACUGGUCAACGAGUUUCUAAUGUCAACGAUGCUGUUGUAGCUGGUCUGAUUCCAGCAAACAUUGCUGUCGAGAUUCAGGAGAAAAUGGCUCAUGUGGAUGGAGCUGCCCCUAUUCCUUCAUCCGAUGAUGUGCACAGCCCACAUAUGGAACUGACAGUUGCAAGCACAGACAGUCCGUCUACCUGGUCAGAUGGUAACACAGAGAAGCCAUCUCCUUUGUCAGACAAUGACUUCAUGAACUUGAAUACUGAUGCAACCUGUGAAGCUUUUGAACAGUCUGCUGUCGUUGAAAUGGAAGUCGAGGAAGUGUCUCCAGUGUUAGAGGAGGAAACCAGCAUUGUAGGACCCGACCAGUCCAUCGACAUGCUGAGUGAAUUCGCCACCAAUGUUGAGAGAAGAAUCCAACAGGCCAUUGAGGAGAUUGUACCGCAGAUUGAAAUGGUUGAAUCCAUUAUUUCUGGGGAGAAAUCGGAUAAGAUCAUUUUUGGUUGUGGUGAACUUGUUGAGGUUGUUGAGGAAUUGAAGGACGAUUGUUCAAAAAGUCAGGAUGUGUCUGUUGCUCACCUCAGAGAUGAAACAUUUGAAGAGCCACUUGUUUCCUUACCAAAGACUGGUGAUCUAGGAAGUGAGAUUGAAGAGAUUAAAAUGCCUCAUGGCGUGGAACAAGAGAUAUUUGAUAAGAGCGUAAGUAAUGAGAAAGGUGUUGUGACUGAGGCAGCUCUUAGCGUUGAGCAGACAAAAGCCAAGAGUAAGAAGAAGAGGAAGGGUAAAAAGAAAGAAAAGGCCAUGGAAGAUGAGAGUGAAACAGGGUUAGCAAAGACAAACCAGGCGGUUUGCAUUGACCUGCGAGAAGCUGAAGAUGGUGCGGAUCAACGUCCUUCCUCUGAACCAAACAAAACAUCAUUCCAAAAAGGAUCUAAAGGUCCUGAAAUAAAAGGAAUGGAGGGGUCUAACGGAACAUUAGAAGAAAAGGAUUACAGAAAUACGUUUGAACACAUAAUGCCCAAACAAGAACAGACGGUUUCAACGGGUCAGCAGCUGACUUCAGAUACAGAUGUUUUAAAGAACAUAUGUGGCAAGAAAGAAGCUAGGCAUGAAGCAGAGAAGGAUCUGGACUCACAGAAAUAUCCGGAAGUACAAAGCACUACUGUGAAGGAUUUUCCGCGCAAGUCAACUCUACCUGAUGAACAGAAAGCUGCUCUGAUACUAAAAGCCAAGGAAAGAAUCCUGAAAAAGGUCUUUGAGCCUGCCGUCAGUGAUAAACAGGCUGCUGAGGAGCUGAAGGCGUUGCGCAAGGAAGCUGGCAAGAAAGAGAGUGGCAGCUCAAAAACGAAGGAGUUGGACCAGGACCUCAAAACACCUAAAGAAAGUGGGGACAAAGCUGCGGAUGAAGAGUCUGUUGAACAAGACGCGACAGGCUUAGUGUUGGAGACAUCAAUACCGAAAAUCGAUGCCACUGCACUGAAUGAAGAAGCUGAAGCAGCUUCUUCUACUGAGCCAAGGCAAACACAGCAAAGUAAAAGAAAUAAGAAAAAGAAGAUGAAUAUUUCAAACGUCGCUGAGCAGCCUCAGGUGGCUGCUGGACACCAACUGGUGGAUGAGAAAGUGGGUGUUUCAUCUGAAGCACCUGAAAAAGAUCAGACCAAAACAGCUCCCUCAGUGACUCAAGACAAUACCACCAGUAGGCAGUUUAAGUCAAGAGUUAUUGAACCAGAAAUGCGUAAACCAAGUGUGACUCAAUCUCAACUGCCAGUGGCAGCUCCUACCCAGGAACCUCCCCUAAAUUUACCAGAACUUACACAGUCUACUAGCUUGCAUUCCGAGGACAAAUCCGAUGAUUGGGAUUCUACGCCAAAGAGCAACAUUUCGACCACUGCACAUGAAUCACUGAACAAUCUCUGCAGUCAAGCCAUGGGUGAGUCUCCUCUCAGUGAAAACAAGGUAAUAAACAAUCACGAAAUCCAGUCAAACUUGGCUCAGUUAGAGACCAGAGGGGAUGUAGAAGACAAGACCCUGCAAAAAGUCCAGACACUUCCUGGUAAAUAUGACCUGACAACAGAAAAUAUCAAGAGUUCCACGGCAGGGGAAAAGCUGAGCACUGAUGACGCACCGUCUAGUGAGGGAAUCAAGCCCCCUGUUGGUGAAAACCUUCAAAUCCCCCCUGAGGGAAGUGAGUCUGAAUUGAUGUCAGAGUUUCCAAAAGAGGAAUUUACCAGUAUUGACACCAAGCUCAAUCAUCACCAGGAUUUUGGGACGCUCGCUGAAGAAAAAUACUCUAACAAGGCCUCCAUUAGCAGGAUCCAAAUGUCCUCCUUGGAAUUAGGAACAAAGGAAUCAGUGCAAGUGUCUUCUACUUCAGAUCAGGUGGAAGAUUCUUUUGAAUGCUUAAAUGGAAAAGAAAAGGCUCAGAUGGAUGUUUUUGAUCUUGGCAACACAAAUCUGGACUCUGUGGCAUCUACAGAUGAUGUCACACCUUUGACUAAGAAAGAGUCCCCAGAGCAACGUGGCGCUGAACCUGCAAGAAAAGACACUGCAGACAAGACAUUUGGAAAAGUACCUUCUUUAAUAGUGCCUUCAGAAAACUCAGGCACUAGUUCGGAUGUAAACGAGAAGCCAGAGAGCGAGAUCCUUGCCAGGAAACUGAACCCCAAAGUCAGGUCGGACCCUGACCUCACAUUGGAAAAAGAAUCCGUCGCACAGGGAACGUAUCCUGAUGGUCAACUUGAGUCAUCUAUUCCGUCAAAAGACACUAGAGUCGUGGUUCGUCAACAAGGUCCAUCUUAUCUUCUCCAACCAGAAGAUGUUUGCAUAAGCUCAGGUCCGAAAGAACAGCUGAUCGAAGACGACAAAAAGCUUGGUGAUGAACUGCUGGAUUCAGAGAGGCAAAGUACUGUUGACAUGGAGUCAGUCAUCCAGACAAAGGAAAACGUUAAUCAGCUAAGUCAAGAAAAACCCUCAGAUUUAGUUCAAUCUGAUAAAACACGCCAAUGGGGGAUGACGCUGCAGACAGAAUCUUCGUCAGCUGACGCCCAAGAGAGCCUCUGCACUGAUCCAAAUUCCAAACUACAUCCUGUGUCCACCACUGAAUCUGAGAGCUCAGUCGUAAAACCUGCGAGCACAUAUGUGCAAGGUGAACGUGCCACUGUUAGUCAACCCAUUUCGAGUUCCCCAGACGCGUCAUGCCUGCUGUCAGAAGAUCCUUCAUCUGAGUCUACUGAAAUCUCAAGGUCAGACACGACCGCAGAAAGUUUGGACGAAGACUAUAACGCUCACAUCAUGGAGGACACCCUCCUGAGCCAUGUGGAAGCAGCAUCUGUGUCGGGCCAGUCGUCUCUGGCACGACAGGAAUGUUUGGAACACGACCAGAGAAUCGUUGCUUUGGUCUCCAUGGUCAGACAUCUUGAGGUUCGACUCAAACAGCAGCAGCAGCAGGCUGUAGGCCGAGGGCUCAUCGCUCUAGAUGACAUCAUCAGACACACUGAGUCUCUGGAUCUUGAACUCAGUGACUUGGAGCCACAAAUCAAUUCAGAGGUAGAAAUUGCUGAGAACCUGUCGAAAGCCAAAGCGACAAAAGUUCCUCCCCAACUUCUGCUGGCUCUGGAGAAAGAUGGAUGUAGCUUAGCUCGUGGCUAUCGUGCUGCCAGAACGCUCUCUGACAACGUUCUGCAAAGUCUGCGCAGCAACAGAGAUUCAGUCAAGGCGGCCGUGCUGUCGGAGCAGCAAUCUCUGGGAGAACAAGUGCUGAGCCUCCUGUCGUGGCUGCAGGAGGUGAAUGGUCGGAUGGAUGUGGAGAUUGCUGAAGAUAAGAAGAAGGAUGUGGACGUUCAAGAUCAACUGAAAGUUUGUGAGGAGCUUCAGUCUUCUCUCACUUCUCGCUCGGGUGAAGUCAAUUCUGUGGCUGCUCACAUUCAAGUCUUCAUAUCCGAGCGAGGCAUGGAUCUAGAACCGGAGCAGAGCAGGAAUCUCCUGGGUCAACUUCAGCAGCUGCAGACGUCUUUCCACUGCACGUCAGGUCAAGUCCAGGCCUGGUCUGGGUCACUGGCAGCCCAGCAGAGAGUCAGGGCUGCUGAAAUGGACAAACUAGAGCAAUGUGCCAGAGAGAGAGAGGUGGUCCAGCAGCAGACAGCAGAGUGCUCACAGAAGCUUGAAGGUCUCUCCAUGUGGUUGGCCGGAGCUGCUAGUCUUCUGGCCAAUCAGAGGGCUGGGUCAGAGACGGAUGACAUGAGUGUCCUCCAGGAAAAGCAGAAAAACUUGAAAGAGGUGCAGAAGACCCUCCAGGGCAAAGGCGAAGCCAUUGCUGAGGCCAUUCGCUCGGUGGAGGACUUCCUGGCCGAACGUGGAGACAACCUCAGUGCAGAGGAGAGGGACAACCUGAAGGCGGCGCUUGCACAGAUGAAGGAGCAAUACAACUCUCUGACUCACUCUGCCGACACGCUGGAGUCAGACCUGGACACAGCCAUCAGUGCAACGGUGCAACAGAACACACAGAAGGCCAAAGCAGUGGAAGAGACUCAGCUUCAGAUGGACUCUCUGCUGAAUGAGUUGUCCACUCUUCACCAAUCCAACAGAGGAGUUGAUCAUGUCUCAGGACUCGACAUCACUGAUUCGUCUUCCCAACCUGCCAAGGGUGUGAUGUCACAUACAGAGUCACUACAGGCGGAGCUCCAGCAGCUUCAGGCUCAGCAGGCCAAACUUCUCACCAUCACACAGUCGACCCGGGCCCUCCUGGAUCAGCCGGACUCCAUUGUUCCUCCUGAAGAGAAGCAGCGACUGCGUGCAAGCUUGGACCAGCUGCAGGCUCAGCACCAGGACAAACUCCAGAGCUGCCAGGAUCGACUGAGGAAGUCUGAAGCUCUGAAGGAAGAGCUGACAAAGUUCCAGGAGGAGCACGAAGCUCUGGAUUCAUGGAUGGAUCAGUGUGAGCAGGAGCUUCGCCAUUUAGGAGAGGGAGAGACUGAUGCUAAGGGACUGAAGGAGCGCCUGGAGGAGCACAGGAAGCUUGCCGAGGACAUCAUCUGCCAUAAGGCGGAUUUGAGGUUCGUUCAGAUCUCUGGCCAGAAGGUUGAAGGGUCUGUCCUUGGAGCUCUGGAGCAGGCUGGUGGUUCUGACCCAGCUCUGAACAACACCAAGGCGAUGGUCGAUGACAAACUUCGAGACGCCAACCAGAGAUACACAAACCUGCACAUCAAGUCGUCCGAGUUGGGCGGACGUUUGUCUGGCCUCUUGGAACGUUACCAGCAGUACCAGGACCAGGCUGUAUCCCUCCACUCCUGGCUGAGUGCUCAGGAGCAGAAUGAAAGCAUUGCUAAGGCCAGUGGGGAGGUGGAUCCACAGAACCUGCAGAACUCCCUACGACAAGUCCAGCUGCUGCAGGAUGAGCUUGCUGAGCGCUCAGUCCAGCUGGAGAAGGUAAAGAGAGAAGGAAGAGAUCUGGUCAGUACAGAAGAGGCGCCAUCUUUGAAAGCAGUGGACAUACUGUGUACUGCAGAUGGUUUGGAGAAAAGGUUUGGCUCCCUCUCUGCAUCUGUUUCUGAGCGAGCUGAACAAUUGCAGACCGCAAUGGCCCAGUCUGUUAGUGUUCAAGAAGGCCUGAAGGGUCUGCUUAGCUGGCUGGACAUGCUAGUUCUGAACCCGGGUCCUGUGGAGCCCACUGCUCAGGCUGUCCAAGACGCCCUCACUCAGAACCAGAAACUGCGCCAAGAGCUUCUCUCCCGACAGAAUGCAGUGGAAGCAAUGCAGGAUUCUGUGUCCAAGCUCUUCCAGAGUUCUGAUGCCAGCACAGCUUCAGGUCUCCAGAGCUCCCUAGAUGAGCUCACUCACAAGUAUUCAGCAGCACAAUCCAGGCAAGUGGAGCGUGAAGGUGAACUGAAGGCUCUGCUGCCAAGACUGGAGAGCUUUGAACGGCUUGGGGCCGACCUGGAGGUCUUCACCCAGAGCCGACUCAAGGCUUUGAGCCCAGUGGGACAACCGGACCGCAGCGUUGUGGACUAUAGAGAGACUAUCCAGGAGGUCCGGUCAGAAAUGGAGCUGGAGUCGGCUCAGCUAAAGACUUUCUGCAACACCGGCAGUGAGCUUAGCACAUCUGGAGCUCUGCAGAACACUCAAAAACUAACAGAUCAAGUGCGGCUCGUCUCUGAUGCAUUCAAUCAGUUGGAGGCUGACAUCAACGAAAGGUUUGCUGCCACCCAGAUGUGCGAGCAGCAACUCCUUCAGUUCCGCAGUCUCUCCGGCUCCCUCCAGAGGUGGCUUCAGACGGCGCAGGAGCAGCUGCCGUCCAAGGAGGUCAACCACAGCACAGAGAGUCUGCAGAGACGAGUCCACCAGCUCCAGGAAUUGUCAGGCGAGUGGGAGUCGCAGGGAUCAAGGGUGCAGGAGUUGAACAAGACCGGAUCCGAAUUGGAGACCCUCGUCAUCGACAUCACCGCUCCUCAAACUAAACCGGGUGUUCCACACAUCAACGGCUCAGCAGCUCCUGGCAGCGUCAACGGCAUUCACACUUGUAAAGACCUGACGGAGCUCCAGGUGGCUGUGACUGAUGUCAACGGUCGCUACGGAGCCCUCGGUGUGGAGUUGAAAGACCGACUUGCUCAGCAACAGUCCGCUCUGGACAUGCGGCAGAAGGCCAAGCAGGAGGCAGAAGAACUCGCAAAGUGGCUGGCGGACCAAGAGGAAACACUGAAGCAGGGACAGUCAGGCAUCCCUUCCAAACCCGAGCUGAUCCAGGCCCAGGCCCAAGAGAACAAGGCUCUGAUGUCGGAGCUGGCCGAACGCUCCAGCAAGGUGGAGGAGCUGAAGAGUUCCCUGAGGAAGCUGAUAGCUGAAAAUCCAGAUUCACCUGAGGCCGAGAGCUGGAGGCAGCAGCUGCAGGACAUCGACUCGCGCUGGCACCAGGCUAAUCACAGCGCUGCUCAGCGACAGACAGAGCUGGAGAACUGCGCUGACAGACUGGGCAGUUUCAGCACUGCAGCCAAUCAGCUGGGGCCGUGGCUGAGGGAGAAGGAGCUGAUGAUGAGCGUGCUGGGGCCCCUGAGCAUUGACCCCAACAUGCUCAACACCCAGAAGCAACAAGUUCAGUUCAUGAUGCGGGAGUUUGAAACCAGAAAGCCCCAGUUUGAGCAGCUGACCCAGUCUGCCCAGGGAAUCCUGUCCCAAGCAGGUGAUGCCGCGCAGGAACCCAAGGAGCUGGCGGAGGUGCAGGCUGAGCUGGGCUCUAUCUCCCAGCAGUGGAACGAGCUCACCAGCAAGCUGUCCCAAAGAUCAAACAACAUCGACCAAGCCAAAGGAACCAGCGAGCAGUUCCAGCAUCUCCUCAGAGAGCUGUCGUCCAGCGUCGCUGCUCUGGGUGAGCGGUUGGACACUCAGGCCUCGCUGAGCGCCCAGCCUGAGGCGCUCAAACAUCGACUUCAGGAGACCGGCGAGAUCCGAUCUGAGCUGGAGAGACGGCAGACCGAGUUGGCCGAGGCCGAGCGGCUUUGCCAGGAGCUGAGUGACAUUGUAGCCGAGCCGUACCUGAAGGACGAGCUGAAGAAACGACUGGAGAGCGUCAGUGGGCCGCUCAGGAGUUUGGAGGAGCGAGCAGCCGACAGCCUGUCGCAGCUGCAAGCAGCGUUGUCAUCCACGCAGCAAUUCCAGCAGAUGUUUGAGGAGCUGAGGUCUUGGCUGGACCGGGAGGCCCAAUGCAGAGAGUCGCCGUCUGAGUCGUAUCCGUGCCACCCGGAAGCUCUGCGCUCCCUGCUGGCUGAGUCCGAGGAGCUGCAGCGCGGCAUCGCCAGUCACCGUGGAUCCUAUGAGCUGAUCCAGGCCGAGGGGGCUUCACUGCUCGCUGCUCUGCCUGCUGCCGACCCAGAACGCUCCACACUGCAGGACCGCCUCAGCCUCCUGCGGCAAGACUGGGAGAACAUGAACCAGCAAGCGUCGGACCGCGAGAACCAGCUGAAGACCACUCUGAACAAAGCUGAAGCAUAUCAGCAACACAAGGGGGCGCUGCUGCCGUGGUUGGUCCAGACAGAACAAAAGGACAGCCAGAUGCAGCCCUCGCUAGAUGCAUGUGAGCUUGAUGAAGCCCUACAGAAGGUCAGAGGGCUGACACUGGACCUGGAGAGGCAGCGCCCUCUUCUGGAGCAGUUUAACUCUGCCGCUGAUAAAUUACUGGAGCGCUGUUGCAUUGGGGAGGACGAGGUCCGAGACGAGAAGGCGCAGUUGAACCAGCGGGUGGAGAAGCUUGCAGAGAGCCUGGGCACUCACACGUCACAGCUGGAGGAGCUAGCUGCUCGAUUGAAGGAGUUUGAAGACGGACGGCAGGCGGUGGAGAGACGACUGGAGGCGGCCAAACACCAGAUUGAAGUCCAGGAGGCUUUAGGAGCUCAGGCCUGCAGCACCAAGAGUCUGGAGCGUCUGCGAACUCAACAGGAGAAUCUGGGCUCCCUACAGAACCAGGUGGUCUACCUGAGAGACCUGGCUCAUGGGCUGGUACAGGACGCCCCUCAGAGGCCGGAGGGUGGUUCAGGUGGAGCACAGAAGCUCCUGGAACAAGCCAGAGACACAGAGAAAGACUACAAGGAUGUUUCAGACAAGAUGGAACAGUGCUGCUCUCAGCUGGAGUCUCGGCUUCAGGGAGUCGCUUCAGUCCAGUCUCACGUGCGGGACAUUUUCUCCCGCUUGGCGGACCUGGACGAUGAGCUUGACUCUCUGGGCCCGGUGGGACGGGACGCGGAUUCUCUCGCCUCUCAGGCAGACCUGCUGAAGGGCUUUCAGGAGCGCCUCGGCUGCCUGAGAACCGAGCUAGACCAGCACGCCGCCGAGUGCACCACGAUGCUGCGUCGAGAGGGCUCCUCCCCGGAUCUCCUGGCACUUCGCAGGGAGACUGAGGCCCUGAUCCGCCAGGCCGGCAAGCUGAGUGAGCGUGGUCAGGCCAGACUGGACCAGGUGCAGGACGCUGCCUCCAGGGUGCAGGAGUUCUACAGGCAGGUGGCGGAACUGCAGGCUCUCCUUGCUAAAGCGGAGGAUGGACUGAAUGCAGAGAGCGUUGUGGCGACUGAAGUGGAGACCAUCAAGCAGCAGCUGAAGGAGUUCAAGGCGGUGGAGCGACAGCAGGUGGACACCAUUCAACCCAAGCUUCAGCAUGUCAACGCCGUGGGUCAGGGUCUCAUCCAGAGCGCCGCCAAACACACAGACACCCAAGCGCUGGAGCACGACCUGGAGACCACCAACCUCAGAUGGAACUCUCUCAACAAGCGGGUUGCAGAAAGGAUCGCUCAGCUACAGGAGGCUCUGCUGCAUUGUGGGAAAUUCCAGGAUGCUCUGGAGCCUCUGCUCAGUUGGCUGUGCGACACAGAGGAACUGGUGGCCAACCAGAAGCCUCCGUCUGCUGAGUACCGUGUGGUCAAAGCCCAGAUCCAAGAGCAAAAGCUGCUCCAGAGAUUACUGGAUGACCGCCGGCCAACAGUGGAGAUGAUCCGCGCCGAAGGAGAGAGGAUCGCGGCCACGGCCGAGUCCCCCGACCAAGAGAAGAUCCAGUCUCAGCUCCAGAGCCUGGCGGAGAGGUGGACCGACCUGACGGACAAGGCUAGCAACAGGCAGCGGCAGUUGGAGGAGCUGCAAGUUUUAGCUCUUCAGUUCCACGAAGCCCUGGAGCCUCUGGGAGAGUGGCUGAGCGCCACCGAGCGGCGCCUGAGCUCCGCCGAGCCCAUGGGAACGCAGACAGCAAAGAUUACGCAACAAAUCGUCAAACACAAGGCGCUCCAAGAGGACGUGUUCUCACGUGCAGCCGAGGUGGAACACCUCGAGUCCCUCAGCCAAUCACUGGAGACGCUCUGCUGCGAGCCGGACCGUGAUUGGCUCAGGGAGCGGGUGGACACGGUGAGAACGGGUCACUCUGACCUGGCGGACUGGUGCGCCCGCCGCGAGAGCCUGCUGGAGCAGGCCCUGGCCAAUGCCCAGCUGUUUGGAGAGGAGGAGGUAGAGGUGAUGAACUGGCUGGCGGAGGUGGCUCAGAGGUUGUCUCAGGUGUCGGUGCAGAGCUACCUGCCGCAGGUGCUCGCCAAGCAGCACAAAGAAACACUGUCCUUGAACGAGGAGAUCCUGAGCCGGAAGAGGACGGUGGACCAGGCCAUCAAGAAUGGACAGGCCCUGCUGAAGCAGACCACCGGGGAGGAGGUGCUCCUGAUCAAUGAGAAGAUCGAUGGGAUCAAGUCGCGCUAUGCUGAGAUGACGGCAGGCAGCAGCAAGGCGCUGCGCACCCUGGAGCAGGCGCUGCAGUUGUCCACCCGCUUCUCCAGUGCUCACGACAACCUCAACCAGUGGCUGGACGCUGUGGAGGCGGAGCUCAGCAACGCCGAGCCAGAUGCUUCCCCUGCCUACCAGGAGAGGCAGAAGGAGUUGAAGAAAGUGGCGGCGGAGAAGAGGCUGGUUUUGGACACGGUGAACGAAGUCGGAAGUGCACUACUGGACCUGGUCCCGUGGCGAGCUCGUGAGGGCCUGGACCGCCUGGUUUCUGAUGCCAAUCAACGCUACAGACAAGCGGAUGACACCAUCACGCAGCGUGUUCAGCUUGUUCAGGCUGCCAUCCAGAGGUCACAGCAGUACGAGGAGGCUGUGGACGCAGAGCUGGCCUGGGUCGCUGAGACAGAGCGCAAGUUAGCAUCUCUGGGUCCAUUGAGUCUGGAACCUGACGUGACAGUGGCCCAGCUGCAGGUCCAGAAGGCCUUCAACAUCGACAUCAUCCGCCACAAAGACACCGUGGACCAGCUCCUCCUCACCCGCGAUGACAUCACUGAUACUUGCAGUGACGCCCAGAAAGACGCCCUGAUGGUCAAGACCGACUCACUGAUUGCUCGCUACGAAGCCGUGAGCCAGAACCACAGCGAGCGCUUCUCCGCUCUGGAGCAAGCCCAGGUUCUGGUGGCUCGAUUCUGGGAGACCUAUGAGGAACUGGACCCGUGGCUGGGCGAGACUGAGGCUCUUAUCACACAACUGCCGCCAGCUGCCAUCGACAUCGAAGCUCUGAGAGUUCAACAGGGCCAGAUCCGGCUGCUCAGAGAGUCCAUCGCAGAGCACAAGCCACACAUCGACAAACUGCUGAAAAUUGGACCACAGCUUGCUGAGCUGAGCCACCAGGAGGGGGCAGCAAUAAUCCAGCGCUAUACAGAGGCUGAGAGGCGAUACCUGGCUAUCAAAGAGGAUGUGAAAGGGCGUUCAGCCAGUCUGGACGAGGCCGUGUCGCAGUCCGCUCAGCUGGUAGAGUUUCACGACAAGAUGGACCCUCUACUGGAGACCCUGGAGAGCGCUGUCCAACGCUUGCGUCAGCCUCCCUCCGUGGCAGCGGAGGUGGAGAAGAUCAGGGAGCAGCUGGCAGAGCACAGAGCUCAGAACAUGGAGCUGGACAAGCUCCUACCCAGCUUCACGGCCCUGUGCGCCCGCGGGGAGGAGCUGAUCGGACGAGCCGCUCACGACGAUCCUGCCGCGCAGGCGGUCAGUUCCUGCCUCCUGCGUCUGCGCUCGCUCUGGGAUGAGAUCCGCAGAAGGGCGGAGCAGAGGGAGACCAAGCUGAAUGAUGUUCUGGAUCUGGCUGGGAAGUUCUGGUCUGAUGUAGCUGCGCUGCUGAGUACUCUGAGAGACUCCCAGGAUAUAGUGAGGGAUCUGGAGGACCCUGGGGUGGACCCCUCGCUCAUUAAACAGCAAAUCGAGGCUGCAGAGGCCAUUAAAGCAGAGACCGAUGGGCUCAGGGAGGAACUGGAGUUUGUCAGGACCCUCGGGGCUGACCUCAUCUUUGCCUGUGGAGAGACAGAAAAGCCUGAAGUGAAGAAGACCAUCGACGAGAUGAACAGCGCGUGGGAGGGUCUGAACAGGACCUGGCACGAGAGGAUGGAGAGACUAGAGGAGGCCAUGACGGCCUCGGUGCAGUAUCAGGACUCGCUCCAGUCCAUGUUCGACUAUCUGGACAACGCUGUGAUCAAACUGUGUGAGAUGUCGACGGUCGGAACUGACCUGGGAACAGUCAAACAGCAGAUCGAGGAGCUGAAGCAGUACAAAGUGGAAGUCUACCAGCAGCAGAUCGACAUGGAGAAGCUUUGCCACCAGGGGGAGUUGCUUCUGAAGAAAGUGUCCGACCCCACUGACAGAGACAUGAUCCAAGCGCCUCUGGUGGAGCUCAGACAUCUGUGGGACAACCUGGGAGACAAGAUCACCCAGAGACAGCACAAGCUGGAAGCCGCUCUGCUGGCUCUGGGUCAGUUCCAGCACGCCCUGUCCGAGCUGCAGGCCUGGCUGAGCCACACACAUAACACCCUGGACACACAGCGGCCCGUCAGCUCCGACCCCAAAGCCAUUGAAAUCGAGCUGGCCAAACACCACGUGUUGCGUAAUGACGUCCUCUCCCAUCAUGCAACUGUGGAGACUGUCAACAGUGCUGCAGCGGAACUGCUGGAGUCCUCACCCGGCGACGAGGCGAGUCACCUGAGGGACCAACUGGACCAGCUGAACCAGAGCUGGCAGAGUCUGCUGCUGAAAACCCAGGACCGGCAGAAGCUGUUGGAAGGCGCUCUGCAGCAGGCGGAGGGUUUCCACGGCGAGCUGGAGGAUUUCCUGCAAUGGCUGAGGAGAACUGAGAGCCAAUUAUCUGCUGCCAAACCGACAGGUGGACUCCCUGAAACAGCCAAGGAACAAUUGCAGCAGCACAUGGAGCUUCAGGCUCACCUGAGCCAGAGGGCGGACCAGUACCACCGGCUGCUCGACCAGGGGGAGUCCAUGCUGCUGGCCCGAGGAGGAGAGGAUGCUGGACCAGGAGCCACGCAGACGCAGCAGAACCUGCUGCUGCUGCAGAACAAGUGGGCCAGUCUCAACACCAAGAUGGACGACCGCAGGGUGAAACUGGAAGAAGCCGUUUCUUUGGCGACGUGUUUCCAAACAUCACUGCAGGAGAUCAUCAACUGGCUGACCCAGGCCGAGCAGACGCUGAACAUGGCUCAGCCCCCGAGCCUGGUGCUGGACACCGUCCUCUUCCAGAUCGAUGAGCACAAGGUGUUCGUGAACGAGGUCAACACUCAUCGAGACCACGUUCUAGCGCUGGAGAAAACCGGGUCUCAGCUCCGCUUCGCCAGCCUCAACCAGGAUGUGGUUCUGAUUAAGAACUUGCUGCUGAGUGUGCAGGCUCGCUGGGACAAGCUGGUGCAGAGGUCACUGGACAGAGGUCGACACCUGGACGAGGCGCGCAAGCGUGCCAAGCAGUUCCACGAAGCCUGGAGGAAACUUUCUGACUGGCUGGAAGAAGCUGAGCGGAAACUGGACUCUGAGUUGGAGAUCUCCAAUGAACCCGACAAGAUCAAAGUUCAGCUGUCCAAACACAAGGAGUUUCAGAAGGUUCUGGGCUCCAAGCAGCCGGUGUACGACACAGCCGUCAGGUCUGGUAAGGCCAUGAAAGACAAGGCUCAGCUUCCAGCCGACAAGCAGAAACUGGACGAUCUGGUGGGAGAGGUCCGGGACAAGUGGGACACCGUGUGUGGGAAGAGUGUAGAGAGGCAACACAAGCUGGAAGAGGCACUGCUGUUCUCAGGGCAGUUUGCUGAGGCGCUGCAGGCUUUGGUGGACUGGUUGUAUCGGGUCGAACCUCAGCUGGCUGAAGACCAGCCAGUGCAUGGAGAUCUGGACCUGGUGUCCAACCUGGUGGACUCGCAUAAGGCUUUCCAAAAAGAACUGGGGAAGAGAACCAGCAGCGUCCAGGCUCUCAAACGCUCUGCUCGGGAUCUGAUGGAAACGAGCCGCGAUGACACCGCCUGGGUCAAAGUUCAGCUGCAGGAGCUGAGUAACCGCUGGGACACGGUGUGUGCCCUGUCCGUCACCAAGCAGUCCCGCCUCCAGGUGGCACUCAAGCAGGCGGAGGAGUUCCGCACGGCGGUUCAGAUGCUGCUGGAGUGGCUCUCCGAGGCUGAGCAGACUCUUCGCUUCCGCGGCGUUCUGCCUGAGGAGGCGGAGACUCUGCAGGCGCUGCUGCACACCCACCGUGACUUCAUGGCUUCGGUGGAGGAGAAGAGGUCAGACGUCAACAAGGCGGCCGGACUGGGAGAAGCCAUACUGACCGUCUGUCACCCCGACUCCAUCACCACCAUCAAACACUGGAUCACCAUCAUCAGGGCCAGAUUUGAGGAGGUCUUCACAUGGGCUAAACAACACGAGCAGCGUCUGGACACAGCUCUCACAGAGGUUCUGAACAACGCCAGUCUGCUGGAGGAGCUGCUGUCAUGGUUACAGUGGGCCGAGACCACACUGGUCCAGAGAGACCUGGACUCACUUCCCCAGGACAUCCCUGAGCUGAAGACCCUGAUCACAGAACAUCAGGUGUUCAUGGAAGAGAUGACCAGGAAGCAGCCGGACGUGGACAAGGUCACCAAAACCUACAAGAGGAAACCAGCCGAGUCGAGCCUGGCGGAGCGGCGAGGCGCCCGGAAGCAGCAGCAGCAGCAGACGCCCAUGCAGGUGUCAGGAGGAAAUCCACGACUCAACCAGCUGUGUGCUCGCUGGCAGCAGGUGUGGCUGCUGGCGCUGGACCGCCAGCGCAAACUCAACGACGCUCUGGACCGUCUGGAGGAGCUGCGGGAGUUUGCCAACUUUGACUUCGACGUGUGGAGGAAGAAAUACAUGCGCUGGAUGAACCACAAGAAAUCCAGAGUCAUGGACUUCUUCAGACGCAUCGACAAAGAUCAGGAUGGAAAGAUCACGCGGCAAGAGUUCAUCGACGGCAUCCUGGCAUCGAAGUUUCCCACCAGCCGACUCGAGAUGACGGCGGUGGCGGACAUCUUCGACAGUGAUGGAGACGGAUACAUCGACUACUACGAGUUUGUGGCUGCGCUGCAUCCCAACAAGGACGCGUACAGGCCGACCACCGACGCAGAUAAGAUCGAGGACGAGGUGACUCGUCAGGUGGCUCAGUGUAAAUGUGCCAAGAGGUUCCAGGUGGAGCAGAUUGGAGAGAACAAGUAUCGGUUCUACCUCGGCAACCAGUUUGGCGACUCGCAGCAGCUGCGGCUGGUCAGGAUCCUGCGCAGCACGGUGAUGGUCAGGGUGGGCGGAGGCUGGAUGGCUCUGGACGAGUUCCUGGUCAAGAACGACCCCUGCAGAGUUCAACAUCCAGGACUUAAGAUCCUUCGCUCCGACUCCAGUAGCUCCAUCUCGUCACGUCUAGUGACCGUCACUCCUGGCUAUUUCUGCUGCCGAGCUCGAGGUCGGACCAACCUGGAGCUGAGGGAGAAGUUCAUCCUCCCAGAAGGAGCCCAGAGUCUGGCCACCUUCCGCACCAGGGGUCAGAGGUCAAAGCCAGGCUCCAGGAACGCUUCCCCCACUCGGUCCUCGUCUUCAGCCUCUCACAGCGGAACCUCCCUCCCUACUGCCCCCUGUGGGUCGGGCACAACCACCCCUUCAUCCAGGUCCUCUCACUCGCGAGACUAUGCCAAGCCCUGGCUGGCGCAUAGUAAAUCUCCAUCGUCAACUAAGAGCCAGAGCGGCCCCGAGCUCGGCCACGGCCUCUUGACUCCUGGUCACGAGGGGGCGGCGUCUGCAUCCAAACUGAAGAGACGAACUUUGAACUCCAGUCGGGGUUCGCUCACUGGCGAGAACGGAGGAACAUCGUACACCAGUAAAACCCCUGUCUCUGAUUCCAGACGGGGGGCAUCCACGGCCAGCGGCGGGCCCAGCAGGGCGGGCUCCCAGGCGGGCAGCAGAGCCAGCAGUCGCCGGGGCAGCGACGCCUCCGACGGCUCCGAGCUGCAGGACAACCGCUCCGUGUGCUCGGACACCUCAGACACCCCGAGACGCGCUGGAGGUGGAGCCAGACCAUCCAAAAUUCCCACCAGCACCAAGAAGAGGCCCGGCCCAAAGUCUCCCAAGCAGUAGCUCCUCGCUGCGGCCUGAAAACUUGCACAACUGAAGGAAGGUUCUGGGCAGCUCCUCCCCUUUAAGAAGCAACCUCACUCUGCCUUCCAGCGUCCAGCUCCUUUGCUCAAAGGUUCCCCGUCAGAGGGGAGUCUGACAGCAACCCACUUGAUGCUGCCUUACACUGCUCAGAGACACAGUCGGACCACGUCAACGAAACCGGAGAGGCAACUUGGGUGACUGCUGCCUGGCUCAUGGGCUUCAGUCGGUCUGAGAGUAAAUAUGCAACGACUGCCUUGCUGCUUCGACUGAACUACUUGGCAUGAAAAGUGUCACCUCAGCGGAUGUCAGGAGGCCACGGCCACCGGUGGAGAAGAGAAGCUCAGGACACACACACACACACACAAGUGCACACAAGCUGGCGCACACACUCCACCCGCUCCCGAGGUUCUGUGUGUCGGCCCACAGACGCCCGACUCCGCCAGGUGGUUCCAGUGCUGCGGCGCUCACCUGCGCCAGAUGGAGGUGGGACUGUUUUUACCAUGGAACACUUUAGUAACUUUAACCGACUGUCAACAACCAGCAUGCACUAAUCUCCUCAUCUGCCGCUCCCAGACAAGCACACACACUCACACACACACACAGCAGUGUGUGUCUCCUGUUACAAAGAUCAUGAAGCCGUCGCUGUUGUUUGAAAAGCAUUCAUUUAAAUGUGUUUUAAUUUAUAAUCCCACUGUAUGAUUUCCUUGAAAUAAAUAACUAUUUAUUUUGACCGUGACGGCGCCCUCUACAGCGUGAAGUGUUCAGACUCGUGUUGUUCUGCGACGAGUGUGUUUUGUACGGCGGAAGCUCUGUGAAUAAGAUUGUCUUUUCAUAUUAACGUCGCUCACUGACUCGCUGUUUUAAGCGGCCGACUCGUUCCUGGUCUUAUUUUUUUAAUAACAACGUCAUUUCCUGACCUUGACCAAAGGGGGGCGUGACCCUGAGACCACCGCCGCGAGGAUGGACGCGUCACCCGGGCUCCGUCAUGCUCCGCCUGAACCUCGUUGACGAGGCGAAGCGUCUGAGAUGAAGAUCCCACGUUUAUUUAUUGUCUCACUGUGGGGGCAGGAACCGGAACCGCUCCACCAUCAUGACGUGCUUCUGUGUGGCGAUAGAAACGGGAAUUAACAAGGAUCCAGUUGUCUAAUGUUACAAUAAAGUUUUGCUAUUAAAGUCAA